AUGGCCAAUCCUACUUUCAACUCCACGUUCUCGGGUUCGAGUAACCAAGGAUUGCAAGUUGGGCAUAACCCGGGCCAGAUUGAGGCCCACUUCCACCAGGCUCAACGACCAGAGGCCCCACCGAGCCCUUCCUGCGUCGUCCCCUUUCGCCGCGACCCGGAUUUCGUCGAUUGCGGAACACUGCUCGAUCAGAUACGCGAAGGGUGCUCCGCGCCGGCAUCUCGCAUAGCGCUGGUGGGCCUGGGGGGUGUGGGGAAAUCGCAGCUUGCUAUCGAGCACUGCUAUCGAACCACGGAUCGGUCGCCAGAGACGUGGGUAUUCUGGGUACAUGCCAGCACCGCGGCCCGCAUUGAACAAGGCUACCGAGACAUCGCGGACCAAGUUAAGCUGGCUGGCCGGAACGACCCGAAAGCGGAUGUGUUCAAGCUUGUCCACAACUGGCUCCGCAAUGAAGAGAACGGAAAGUGGCUGCUGGUUCUUGACAAUGCCGACGAAACCGCUGCUCUCUCUCUACCAGCGAGCAAUGGCACCCGGCGUUACUUCUCGUCAUAUCUGUCCCAGAGCAAGAACGGCUCGGUGCUGGUCACCAGUCGGACAAAGAGCGUGGCAUUGCAGCUAGUAGAGGAAAGAGAUAUCAUACCUAUCAAGCCCAUGGAUGACACCAGCGCACAAGCUCUUCUACAGAAAAAGCUUGGAGAGGAAGCCGACAAAGACGGCGCUGCCGAGCUAGCGGAUGCCCUCGAAUUCAUGCCACUUGCUCUCGUACAGGCGGCGGCGUACAUCCGACAACGAGCAGCAAGGUGUUCGGUGCAGCAGUACCUAGAGAAAUUUCACAAAAGCGAAAAGGAAAAGACGAGCCUUUUGAACUCUGACGAGGACAGUCUUCGGAGAGAUAAAGAAGCUAAGAACUCCAUUCUCAUAACGUGGCAAAUCUCGUUCGAUCACAUACUUGAGGAAAGGCAAUCAGCAGCAGAUCUGCUGUCAUUAAUGAGCUUCUUUGACCGGCAGGGAAUUCCCGAAAGUCUCAUUCGCGUUCGAAGUAGGACGAGGAUCAGACAUUGGGCCCCAAACGCUACGAAUGCAGACGGCGAAUACAGUAACAGCGACAGUAGCGAGUCGGAAGCUAGCCUUGAUGACGGAUUCGAAGAGGAUAUUCUUAUGCUAAGAAACUACUCGUUCAUCGGGCUUACCACCGAUACAACCACGUUCGACAUGCAUAGGCUUGUGCAGCUCGCCACACGGAAGUGGUUGGAAGGGCAGAGCCAACUAGAAAUAUGGAAGGAACAGUACAUCGACAAUCUUUGCACAGCAUUUCCGAACGGGGAACACGAGAACUGGACUCAAUGUCAGGCGCUCUUUCCGCAUGCUAAGUCGGCGCUGUUGCAGCCGCCUAAGUCUAAGGAAUCCCUUAGACGAUGGGCUCUAUUGUUGUACAACGCGGCCUGGUAUGCGUGGCGAAAAGGAAGUCUAGGUGAUGCUGAGGAACUGUCGAUAAAGUCAAUGAAGAUUGAAAUAAAACUGCUUGGUAAAGAGCAUAAGGACACUUUAAGCAGUAUGGCGAUGGUAGGGCUAGCAAGAAGUCAUGCAGGACGGUGGACAGAAGCUGAAGAGCUACAGGUGCAAGUAGUAGAGACAAGAAAGAGGGUGCUUAGGGCGGAGCAUCCAGACAUGCUAAGGAGCAUACACAACCUAGCAUCAACGUACUGCAAUCAAGGGCGGUGGAAGGAGGCCGAAGAGCUACAGGUGCAAGUGAUGGAGACAAGGAAGAGGGGGCGGUGGAAGGAGGCCGAAGAGCUGCAGAUGCAAGUAAUGGAGAUGAGAAAGAGGGUGCUUGGGGCGGAGCAUCCGGACAUGCUAAGCAGCAUGAACAACCUGGCACACAUGUGGAAGUGCCGAGGGCGGUGGGCAGAGGCUGAGGAGCUACAGGUGCAAGUAAUAGAGAUAAGAAAGAGGGUGCUUGGGGCGGAGCAUCCGGACACGCUAACCAGCAUGAACAACCUAGCGUCGACGUACUGGAACCAAGGGCGGUGGAAGGAGGCCGAAGAGCUGGAGGUGCAAGUAGUAGAGACAAGAAAGAGGGUGCUUGGGGCGGAGCAUCCGGACACGCUAAGCAGCAUGAACAACCUGGCACACACGUGGAAGUCCCGAGGCCGGAACGGAGAGGCCAUCGCAUUAAUGGAAAGGUGCGUUCAGCUGAGCAGGCAGAUUCUUGGCCCUCAGCAUCCUCGCACAGCGUCUUCGCUUAGAAAUCUCAAUAAGUGGCAAAUGGAGAAUAGAGAUUAA